UCUGAUCUACCUCCUGCAGGUGAACAACAGCAACAAGAAGGAGUGGAACGGGAUGAUGGGGGAGCUGCUGGGAGGCCUGGCCGACAUGAUCGUGGCCCCCCUCACCAUCAACAACGAGCGCGCUCAGUACAUCGAAUUCUCCAAGCCCUUCAAAUACCAGGGGCUCACCAUCCUCGUCAAGAAGGAAAUCCCUCGCAGCACUCUGGACUCGUUUAUGCAGCCGUUCCAGAGCACACUGUGGCUGUUAGUCGGUCUGUCGGUCCAUGUGGUGGCAGUGAUGCUUUACCUAUUAGACCGGUUCAGCCCGUUUGGAAGGUUUAAAGUGAACAGUGAAGAAGAAGAAGAAGACGCCCUCACCCUGUCCUCCGCCAUGUGGUUCUCGUGGGGAGUUCUGCUGAACUCUGGGAUCGGAGAAGGGGCUCCCAGGAGCUUCUCAGCCAGGAUCCUGGGGAUGGUGUGGGCGGGGUUCGCCAUGAUCAUCGUAGCAUCGUACACUGCCAAUCUGGCAGCCUUCCUGGUGCUGGACCGGCCUGAGGAGCGCAUCACUGGCAUCAACGACCCCAGGCUGCGUAACCCGUCAGAUAAGUUCAUCUACGCCACAGUGAAGCAGAGCUCGGUGGAUAUCUACUUCAGACGGCAGGUGGAGCUGAGCACCAUGUACCGGCACAUGGAGAAGCACAACUACGAGAGCGCCGCCGAGGCCAUCCAGGCUGUCCGAGACAACAAGCUGCACGCCUUCAUCUGGGACAGCGCCGUGUUGGAGUUCGAGGCGUCGCAGAAGUGCGACCUGGUGACGACGGGGGAGCUGUUCUUCCGCUCCGGCUUUGGGAUCGGAAUGAGGAAAGACAGUCCCUGGAAGCAGAACGUCUCUCUGGCCAUUCUCAGUUCCCAUGAGAACGGCUUCAUGGAGGAUCUGGACAAGACGUGGGUUCGAUACCAGGAGUGCGACUCCAGAAGCAACGCGCCCGCCACCCUCACCUUCGAGAACAUGGCAGGUGUGUUCAUGCUGGUUGCCGGCGGCAUCGUCGCAGGGAUCUUCCUCAUCUUCAUCGAAAUCGCUUACAAACGACACAAAGAUGCACGCAGGAAACAGAUGCAGCUGGCCUUCGCCGCUGUUAACGUGUGGAGGAAGAACCUGCAGGAUAGGAAAAGUGGUAGAGCAGAGCCCGAGCCCCAAACCUCUUUUAGGUCCAUCACUUCGACCUCCGACCUCAAACGCCGUAUGGCCCCCGGGGACGCCACGCCGUACCCAACGGACAUCACCGGCCAGCUCAACCUAUCAGAUCCCUCCGUCAGCACCGUGGUCUGAGAGAGAGCCGCAGAGGCCGGGAGGGCUUCACUGCUGCUGAGCCACACACACACAAAACACAAAGAUAUAUAUAUAUAUAUAUAUAUAUAUAUAUAUAUAUAUAUAUAUAUAUAUAUAUAUAUAUAUAUAUAUAUAUAUAUAUUUAGUGUGUGUGUGUAUGUUUGUGUGUUUUAUUUAUACAUGUAAACAUAUAUAUGGGAAAUAUACAUGUUUACAUGUAUAAAUGUCCCCACACCACAAUGCGUCCCCAUUAAGAUGGGUUAAAUUAUGAACCUCACAGUCAUAGUAAAACAGACACACUCACACACACACUCACACACACACACACACACACACGCACUCGCCUUGCUCUGCUUGUAGCUGCCAGCGUCCUGCAACCAGAGGGUCUUUUAUUUUGAAGGAACUCUGUCAGACCGCUCUUAUUCUGGUGUGUGAAGUUGUACAGUUUGUUCUGUUUCCUGUCAGUCCUGACACUGAUCCACUGACAUAUCAAACAUCCUGACCAGUUACAGAGCCUGUUCAAACUGGUUUUAAUGGUUGUAACUGCUUUUUAAACAGCGAUCUGCGCUCAUAAAUCCAACAAUGCUGUUUCCUUUAAAUGUGAACUAACACAGCCCUGUUGAUCAGGAAGUAACCAAUCAAAAGCCUGAUCCUGUGGUAAGUGGGUGGAGCCUCUGAGGAAGGAAGUUGCUCUUUAACAGGAGGCAGAGGUUUUUCUCUAGUCAACCUGCAGCUCAACUGUUCAGGGAACUUGUUGCUCUGUUUUCAGGGAAACUGCACUGUCUCUAUUUGUUAUGCAUCCUAAACGUGAUACAAAAAAAAUAUAUAUUUUAGUACAUCAAAAACUGCAGCUUUUAGCUACAAGAUUAAAUUACUGAUGUAUUGAUGUUUUAAUUGUAGAUAGCUGCAUAUAAUAUAACAAUACAUUUCUGCAUAUUUAAUGUUAACCUUUCCCUCACUUUUCACUGUUGCUGCAACUAUAUGAGUAUAAAGUACUGCCAUGGGUUUCCACUGGAUCAAAUAAGAAUAAACCUCUUUAUUUAAU